AUGCCUGCAGCAGCAAAACCCAGAGUCGUCUGCCUUGGUGAACCCAAGUACGUUGGCGCCGAGUACCUGGCGGAGUUCCAAACUGAAUACAACUAUUCGGUACUACCUGCAACGAACCGUGCAGAGACGCAAGCAAUGCUACCGGCAGAUAUUGCUGCCAACGGACCUAUCGAUGCCUUCAUCAUCCGCAUGGGAACCCCACCGUAUGAGCCAUUUGAUGCGGAGUUGCUAAAGGCCCUGGCGCCUGGCUGCAAGAUCAUCGUCUCGGCAAGUGCGGGGUACAACGAGUUCGACGUGAAUUGGAUGGCAGAACAAGGCAUUGUGUUCUGCAACACUGUCAACGCCGUGGCCGAGGCCACGGCUGACAUGGCCCUGUUUCUCAUUCUUGCCGUAUUGCGUAACACGACCAAUGCGGAGAAGAGCGCUCGCAAUGGCACAUGGCGAGCGCCCGCCGGCGGUGGUCUCGUACCUGCGCGCGAUCCGUCCGGACUGACUCUGGGUAUCGUUGGAAUGGGGGCAAUUGGGAAGUACCUAGCCAAAAAGGCGGCUUGCUUCAAUAUGAAAAUCAAAUACCACAGCCGGAAUCCCCUUCCUCCCGCUGAGGAGGCCAAGUACAGCGCCACAUACUGCAGAACCUUGCAUGAGCUGCUUGCCACGAGUGACGUCGUCUCACUUAACUGUCCCCUGAACGAGAAGACAACUGGGUUGAUUGGUAGCGCCGAGUUUGCGGCCAUGAAGGACGGUGCGUUUUUGAUCAAUACUGCGCGCGGGCCCGUUGUCGAUGAAAAGGCCCUGAUUGCUGCUCUUGAGAGCGGCAAAAUCACUCGUGCUGGCCUGGAUGUGUUCGCGAACGAGCCCUCGCCAAAUCCUUGGUUCCUGGGAAGCGAUAAAGUAAUCAUUCAGCCGCACCUGGGGGGUCUGACCGAUUCAGCGUUUCAGAAGGCUGAGCGCGAGUGCUUCGAGAACAUCCGGGCACUGUUCAGUAAGGGAAAGGCAAAUUCACCUGUAACAGUAUUCAAGUCCAAGGUGUGA